CUGGGAUGCAUGAUGACAUCACCGUCAUAGGGUCACUUCCUGGUUCGAGCAAGAUCUCUACGUGUACUGAAAACCUGAGUACGUUUUCUCCAAGAAAAGGAGACUUUUGGGCCUUUAAGGGAGUGGAAACGUCUAAGGACGUGUAGAAGAACUGCUCAAGAUGCAGAGCAUGAUCAACAGUGUUAAAGGAACGGCGCUAGGAGUGGCGGAAUUCCUGACUCCGGUUUUGAAGGAAUCCAAGUUCAAGGAGACAGGUGUUCUGACACCUGAGGAAUUUGUAGCUGCAGGUGACCACCUGGUACACCACUGUCCCACCUGGCAAUGGGCUGCCGGUGAUGAGUCCAAGUGUAAGCCCUACCUUCCCAAAGACAAGCAGUUUCUCAUCACACGAAAUGUCCCCUGCUACAAGCGCUGCAAACAGAUGGAGUAUCAAGAGGAGUAUGAGAAGGUGAUAGAUGAAGAGGAUGGGGAGGGGGGCUGGGUGGACACCCAUCACAACGCUGACCCCAGCUCCAUCACAUCAGUAACAGAGACAGUGUCUGAAAUGACUCUGGAGCCAAAGAAGACUGAAGGAGCAGCUGUCGUUGCAGAUGAUGAUGAUGAUGAGGAAGAUGAUGAUGAGGAAGCAGAGGACAUGGAAGCAUAUGAACAAAGUGGAAUGUUAGAAGCAGAAGACAAUGCAACACUCGAUGUGAAGGCAGCAGUGAAGAGUGAGAGUCCUGGGGAGGGGGCGUCACUAGAGAGUGGGAUUCUACAGACCAGAACAUACGACCUGAACAUCACUUACGACAAAUAUUACCAGACACCCAGACUAUGGCUCUUUGGAUAUGAUGAGAACAGGAAACCCCUAACAGUAGAACAGAUGUAUGAAGAUAUCAGCCAGGACCACGCCAAGAAAACUGUAACCAUGGAGGCACACCCAAACCUACCAGGACCCCCCAUGGCUUCCAUACACCCCUGCAAACAUGCAGAUGUGAUGAAGAAGAUAAUCCAGACAGUUGCGGAUGGAGGCGGAGAGCUGGGAGUUCAUAUGUAUCUUCUAAUCUUCCUCAAGUUUGUGCAGGCAGUGAUCCCCACCAUUGAGUAUGACUACACCAGGCACUUCAUCAUGUGAUCAAGAACAGUCUUCCAAUAGAUCAUUUCAGACCCACAAAAACUGCUUCCAUCAUGGUCAUGAACAUUCAAAUGUGUUUUAAUGUGCUAGACAUGUGUCCAAUGCAUGUAUAUGCAAAGUAUAGUGUUAGAAUGCAUUGCAAAGUUGCUGGGAAUGGCAUAUUGCCCCAUGAUCUAACUUGUAACCAAUUUUUGUGGGAUCUGUUUGGUCAGGAGUCAUGUGAUCAACAGUCCAGUUGUGAUUGGUCCAGGCAAUGUUUCUUCCAUCAAGUGGCUUAUACAGCUUUAACUGCAAAUAAUUGAGCUGAUAAACUUGUGAUCUCCAGUGACAAUGACAUGGAUACAGUAUUACAAUACAUGUCUUGCACUGUUGUGAUAAGCUAAAGCACUGUCUUUAAAUGCUCAGGGUGUCUUACGGUGGUCUCCGCACUAGCUAAAGUCUGAAAGCAUGAAAAUAAUUCGUCCUAGGUGCUUUGUGACUGGACCAUACUCUGCGUUUUUAGGCGUUUUAUUGGCUUUUCUAUUUUGUC